CCUCGGGGCGGCCGCUGGGGCGGGGCGGGAGCGGCGUUGCCGCCCUCCCUCCAUCCCUCCCCGUGCCCGCUCCUCGUCGCCGUCCCGCGGAGCCUUCUGCCCUCCUGCAGCCGCCCGGGAUGGUUGUGAGGAGCGGCGGUCGGGAGCCGCGGGCUGCGCUGGGGCGGCGGCACAUGGCGGGCGGGCGCUGAGGGGGCGCGUCCCGGUGCGGGCUCCCGCCCGCCGGCAGCGGGGCUGGGGACUGUGCCGGCGGCCUGGGAAGGGGGAAGAGUGAGGGGUCGAACCCCGGUCCCGGGGAUGGCGGAGACACUGAGCCCCUGCAGCCCACGGGGCCAGUGCCAGCCCGGCAUGGGCGCCAACGCCUCGUCCGCCAACAUGGACACCAACGCCUCCUCCUCGGCCGCCCCCGCGCUGAUGGGCGGCAGCGCGUGGAGGGGCCGGGAGCCCUUCUCCAUCUUCACCGUCCUCGUCCUGACCCUGCUGGUGCUCCUCACCGUGGCCACCUUCCUCUGGAACCUGCUGGUGCUGGCGACCAUCCUGCGAGUGAAGGCCUUCCACCGGGUGCCCCACAACCUCGUGGCCUCCACGGCGGUGUCGGACGCGCUGGUGGCGGCGCUGGUGAUGCCGCUGAGCCUGGUGAAGGAGCUUUCGGCCGGGCGGCGGUGGCGGCUGGGCCGGGAGCUGUGCCUCGUGUGGGUCAGCUUCGACGUGCUGUGCUGCACCGCCAGCAUCUGGAACGUGACGGCCAUCGCCCUGGACCGCUACUGGUCCAUCACCCGCCACCUGCAGUACACGCUGCUCACCCGCCGCCGCAUCUCCAACGUGAUGAUCGCGCUCACCUGGGUGCUCUCCGCCGCCAUCUCCCUCGCCCCCCUCUUCGGCUGGGGCGAGACCUACAGCCCUGAGCAGGAGCGCUGCCAGGUCAGCCAGGACCCCUCCUACACCAUCGUCUCCACCGGCGGGGCUUUCUACCUGCCCCUCUGCGUGGUGCUGUUCGUCUACUGGAAGAUCUACAAGGCGUCCAAGUUCCAUAUGGGGGGCCGCAGGAGGAACGCCGUGGUGCCCCUGCCCGAGGCUGCCCAGGUGAAGGAAGCUUCGCAUGAACCACAGAUGGUGUUUACAGCUCGUCAUGCAGCUAUCACUUUCCAGACAGAUGGAGAAACAUGGAGAGAACAGAAAGAGAAAAAGGCAGCUCUGAUGGUUGGCAUCUUAAUUGGAGUUUUUGUACUGUGCUGGAUCCCUUUCUUCGUCACAGAAUUAAUAAGUCCCCUCUGUUCCUGCAACAUCCCACCGGUCUGGAAAAGCAUCUUUCUUUGGCUUGGCUACUCAAAUUCUUUCUUUAAUCCUCUAAUUUAUACAGCAUUUAACAAAAAUUACAACAAUGCCUUCAAGAACCUUUUUGUAAAGCAGAGAUAAAAGGGGACACAGAGGAGAAAAUCAUUCUCUGUUGCAUAAUGUAGAGAUUUCUGGAGGGAAACAUGCCUGUGAUAUGUACAGGUUUCAUGCACUAGAGCUACUCAAGGGGAUUCAGGAACAAUGAGAAAGAAGGUGGAAGAUGUUUGGAUAUAAACCAACUGACAGUUUACAGUUCCUCCUUGGAAAUACAUAUGUGCUGCUCCAGGGUUUGGCAGAGAAGAUGGAAGCAGUGAAUACCUCCCGUCUGCUCUUGGAAUCAACAUGUGCUGAGGUCUAAAGCGAAGCACUGUGUGUGUCUGAUACCAUGACUGUCAAACCCAACACAUCUGAUCUCAUCCAACCUACACGUGCCAUCCUGGAGCUCUCUCAUCAUUAGCAAAGGCAACAGUGGGAGCUGCUAAUUGAGCAAUACCAAAAUGUUUGUGACAGGGGCAGGAUGCUGCUUCAUUUCUGAGAUUUUUUUGGAAGGGAAUAAACAUGAUGUAUUCAAUCA